CGCGGGCACUACUUGACCUCACCAUCUUGAAGGUGCAAGUUCCUAAAGUCAGUAGGCUACUCCCAUAAUCCUCCACACUGGCGAAAGUCAUAACGCUCUCAUCGCCAUCACUUGAAGAACUUUUGUCAAGGAGAGCCGCGGCGGGUCCUCCUUGCCAUCUCUGUUGAAGCCUAUUCGUUCACAUAGAAGCUUUCUUCACUGAAGAAUCACUCAUACUUAUCGGCGGACUUGCAAGAGACGACUGGCGCGCCGCUUCGGCAGCGUAUAAUUGCUACGAACCUCAACGCAUACUUGCGAAAAUGACGGGCGACCUCUUAUCGUCAUCAAUAGGUGACCUGUUUAUGGUCGCCGGCAAAGCGCAGCCCCUUCAAUUGGCGCUCGGCAUGCUCGGGGUACUGCUUGCUGCAUACCUCUUUACAAGGCUUGCAGUAUUUAUUGCCAACUAUAUUCGCAUCAGCCGAGGUCUUGCCAGCAUACCUUCGGCACCGGGCGGCAUCCCGCUCUUGGGACAUGUCCUACCGAUGAUCACCUGCGUCCGCCAGAACAAGGGCGCCUGGGACUUGAUGGAGGAGUGGCUGGACUCUACUGGCCCGAUUAUCAAGUGCAAUAUCCUUGGCACACACAGCGUCGUGGUCCGCGAUCCCACGGCCAUGAAGCGCGUCUUUCAGACUGGCUACAAGAUUUACGAGAAGGACCUUGAUCUCUCUUAUCGCCCCUUUCUGCCCAUCCUUGGAAGCGGCCUUGUGACCUCGGACGGCGCCCUCUGGCAGAAGCAGCGCACGCUGAUGGGGCCCGCCCUGCGCAUCGAUGUGCUCGAUGACAUUGUGCGUAUUGCCAAGAAGGCUGUUGACCGGCUGUGCGAGAAGCUCCGCCCUCACGCUGGUACCGGCCGACCUGUCAACAUUGAGGACGAGUUCCACUUGCUGACCCUCCAGGUUAUUGGAGAGGCCGUGCUGAGCCUGGGCCCGGAGGAGUGCGACCGGGUGUUCCCCCAGCUCUACCUGCCCGUCAUGAACGAGGCCAACCACCGCGUGCUGCGCCCCUACCGCAUGUACCUGCCCACCCCCGAGUGGUUCCGCUUCCGCAGCCGCAUGGGGCAGCUCAACAGCUUCCUCAUCAACCUGUUCAGGCGGCGGUGGCAGGCCCGCCAGUCCGCCCCGCAGCGCCCCAAGCCGGUCGACAUCCUGGACCGCAUCUUUGAGGCUAUCGAGGAGUCGGGCACCAAGUGGGACGCCGCCCUGGAGACGCAGCUGUGCUACGAGGUGAAGACCUUCCUGCUGGCGGGCCACGAGACCAGCGCGGCCAUGCUGAGCUGGUCGGUGCUGGAGCUGUCGCGGAACGCGGAGGCGGCGGAGAUGGUGGUGGCUGAGGCGAAGGUGGCGUUCGGCGGCGACCCGGCGGGUGAGGGCCCCAGCCGCCGCGCGGUGGACGAGAUGGUGUACACGCUGUCGGUGCUCAAGGAGGCCCUCCGCAAGUACAGCGUGGUGCCGGUGGUCACACGCAAGCUGGCUGAGGACGACCCGGUGGGUCUGCUGGGGCAGCCGCUGCCCCGCGGCGUCAUGGUCACCUGCCACAUCCAGGGAACCCACCGGCUGUACGAGCAGCCAGACGAGUUCCGACCCGAGCGCUUCAUGCCGGGAGGCGAGUACGACAAGUUUGACGACGCCACUCGGGCGUACAUGUUCCUGCCCUUCAUCCAGGGUCCGCGUAACUGCCUGGGCCAGCACCUGGCCAUGUUGGAGGCGCGAGUGGUGCUGUCGCUGCUGCACCGCCGCUUCGUCUUCACGGCGGCUCCCGGCCACCCCUGCAGCCAGGUGGCGAACGGGCUGCAGCUGCGGCACCCCACGGUGGUGCCGGUGGGGCCUGUGGACGGGGUGCAGGUGCUGGUGGAGGAGCGCAAGUAGGGGAGGAGGAGGGAGGAAGAGGAGGCGGAGGGUGGGGAGGAUAAAGAGGAAACUGCUAACUGACCGUGUGAUAAGGCGGGAGGAGGCGGAUGCAGGAGGCGGAGGGCGGGUAUACCUGCUAUUAGAGGCAGAUGGACGCGGGCAGCUGUUGGUAGGGGGUGGGGGAGCGGAGCAGCCGCUGCGACAAGGGGGUGCUUGCGAGAGGAGGGGCUUGCUGCUUGUCGAGUUGGUUGCAUGUGAUCUUGGUUACCCAAUGUCCUUCCUCAACUUGAGGAUAUGGUGGGGAGGAAGAUCGAAGGUGGUGUUGCGGUGUGUAUGCUGCUGUUGGCGUUGCCAGCGCCGCAAGCAGAGGCUGGGCCGUUUUGGUUGUUGUUGAUGACGACGAUGAUGGCAUAGCGGAUGCUGCUGCCUUGCCUGCUGCCCGGAUUGCUUGCGCUGCUGCUGUUGUGGUUGUGUUGUUAUGUAUGUGGCCGUGUCGCUCGCGUAUCCAUAGGACGCGUGUGCAAGUGGCGGCGAACUGCUUACAUGCAUGUGUGGGAUGGUGAAGGGCGUUGCGUUGCGUCGCUUGCGCUGCUGCUGCUGCAGCAUCAGUAGCACACCCGCUGUUGAUGCACAGUGCUGGUAAUGUUAUCGCACACGGAUCCUAUUUUCUUGACGAUGACAAGGACACACUGUGGAACUGACCGAUAUGGACGUGUCUUGGCUGGCGGGCAGUGCUUGUGAGAGGCGAAAGAUGAAUGAGGAGGAGGGGCUGGAUGGCGGAACGGGGAAGCAAAGAGGGGUUGCUGCUGAACGCCUAGCUUUUUGCGUGUGUUUUGGUACCUUAUUUGGUGACAAGGUCACACAUUUCAUGAGGAGGGGGUUUUCUAGCGCUGCGUCAUUUGUUAUCAUAUUGCUAGCAGCUCGAUUUGUCACGAGGAUUUGUUGUGAUGGAGCACAGGGGUUUUGCGUAAUCGGGCUUAUGAUAUGAUAUGCUCCCUAUUGUUUGAUAUGCAGCCGAUAUUGAUGACUGGUUCACAUGUUGCGGGCGGAGUGGGCAAUUCACAUGUGUCUGCGUUAUUGGUGCUGUGUUUCAAUUUUGGCUGGCGGCUUUGAGCUACAGGCCGCCCGCGUCGUACAAGGGUGCGUGUACGAUGCCAGGAUGUGCCUUGCUUUCUGUACAGCAUCUGUACAACUUUGCCUUUUGACGAGGAUGGCCUCUUGCGUCAUGGUGCUUUGUGGCUGGGGAAAGGUGCGCUACCCAGUGUUUCCUCAGUGGUUUGGGUUUGCCCGCUUGCUAUAAUUUCAAGCCUACAACUUCAGACCUAAAGCAAUCUGCGAGGUGUGGAUGCGCAGCGGGGGUUAUGUACCGAUGUGAGUUGGGUGUAGGGGGACAGGCGGAGGAGGGAGUGACAGGCUUGAAGCACCGUUGUAAUUGAUGUAAGCAAAUUGGCUGUGA